UUUGAUUGAUGGGGAUUGGGCGGAAUAGGGGUUGCGCGCCAAACAAAAAUGCCCGCUGUGCAAAAGAGUGCGAUUUGGGUUCCUGAAUGCAAGCAUUUCGAAAUUUAAUUAUUUUUGAAUUUGUGCUCAUCUCGUUUUAUUUUUACACUCAGCUUCUUUCAAUUACACACACAAGCUUUAUUUUAUUUUCUUUAAUUGACGGCUUUUUCGAAAAUGGCAAACCCCAGCAAUGUGUUGGUCAUGGACCUGGGCACGGGUUUCGUGAAGGUGGGCCACUCAGGAACGAAUUUCCCAGCACACGUUUUUCCAUCUGUAGUCGGACGGCCAAUGUUGCGGGCCGAAGAGGCGACCACAGUGGCCGACGUGCCCUAUGAGAUUAAGGACAUUAACGUGGGCGACGAAGCAGCGGCCUUGCGAUCAAUGCUGGAAAUGUCGUACCCCUUGGAAAACGGCAUUAUCAAGAACUGGGAGGACAUGCAGCAUGUCUGGGACUACACGUUUUUCGAGAAGCUAAAGGUGGACCCGACCCAGAGCAAGAUUCUUCUGACAGAGGCGCCACUGAACCCAAAGUCUAACAGGGAGAAGAUGUGCGAAAUCAUGUUUGAGCGCUACGGCUUCCAGGGCGUCUACGUGGCAAUCCAAGCCGUGCUUACCCUGUACGCCCAGGGCCUGCUGACCGGUGUGGUUAUUGACUCGGGAGACGGUGUCACCCAUAUUAUUCCUGUUUACGAGGGCUACUCGAUGCCGCACUUGACCAGGAGGCUGGAUGUGGCCGGUCGCCAUGUGACCAGGUACUUGAUCAAGCUGCUGCAGCUGCGCGGAUACGCAUUCAACCGCACGGCGGACUUUGAAACCGUGCGCCAGAUUAAGGAGAAAGUGUGCUAUGUCAGCUAUGACCUGGACUUGGACAAGAAGCUGGCCACCGAGACGACGACGCUGGUUGAGAGCUACACACUGCCCGAUGGUCGCAUCAUCAAGGUUGGCUCGGAGCGCUUCCAGGCCCCUGAAUGCAUGUUCCAGCCCGAGCUGAUCGACGUCGAGUCGCCUGGAAUUGCUGAGCUGCUCAUCAACACCGUGCAGGACGCACCAAUUGAUAUGCGCGCCGAGCUCUACCGCCACGUUGUGCUUUCUGGCGGCUCAUCCAUGUACGCUGGUCUGCCCAGUCGCCUGGAGAAGGAGUCUAAGCAGCUGUACUUGCAGAACGUCCUGAAGGGCGAUCUCUCCAGACUCGACAAGUUCAAGCUGCACAUUGACGACCCGCCGAACCGCAAGCACAUGGUAUUCCUUGGCGGCGCCGUGCUGGCCGAUGUCAUGAAGCACAAUGAGUCUGCGUGGGUCACCAAGCAGGAGUGGGAGGAGCAGGGUGUGCGGGCUCUGUCCAAGCUCGCCUCCUUUGAGCUGCGCUAGGUCCAACCCAUCGCCAGUCUUUUUUAUUUUUAUUACUUAUAUUUCGAAAACAUUUUUUUCUACACAGCCUUAUAUU